UCACAUUUUGAAUCAUGCAUCUCCACAAUACAAAAUUUCAUCCAUUCAUUUUGAGCUCCAUUUAUGUAUAUAAUCCAUCAAACAUGUUCUCUUUGUCACAAACAAAAACAUCAAACCACUUCUCCCAGUUUCUCUACUCUCACCCUCUCCAAAAACCAUGGGCUUCCCCACAGCUUACACCCAAGUCUUCUUCCCCAAACUCUUCAUCCACCUCCUCUCCCUUCUCGGCCUCAUCCGCGCCCUCAUUUCCGCCAUCCUAGCCCACCUGGGCCUCCGCCAUUUCCUCCAACAAGACCAUUUCCCCUACCACGAAAACCCCACAAUCUUAUACCCUCCCGUCUCUGCCACCCUCAUCCGCGAGCUCCUGCCUGUGGUAAAAUUCGAAGAAGCCCGCGGAGAGUCACCACAGGGUUGCGCUGUUUGCUUGUAUGAAGUGGAGGAAGGGGAGGAGAUCAGGUGGCUGUCAAACUGUAAACACAUAUUUCACAUGGGAUGUUUGGACCGCUGGAUGGACCAUGAUCAAAAGACAUGUCCAUUGUGCAGGACCAAUUUUGUGCCGUUUGGAUUGCAGGAUGUGUUUAAUCAACGACUGUGGGAUGCUUGUGGGAUCAAUGAUGAUUAUAACAAUAGUGAAUACAAUUCGGUUCCUGUUUUUUGAUCAUUAGGCUCUCAGUUAGUUGCUAUGGAAGUGUUUUAUUGUCUUGUAUUUUUGACUAACUACAAAAUAUCAGAUGAAAAGAGAAAAAUCACAAACAAAGUUUGACAUUCAUUUCGUGAUAUUUGAGUGAUGAUUUUGGUAUAUUAAUAUUAAUUGAUGCUUGAUGCAGUGAAAUAUUGUAUCGAUUAA